CUGCACUAUCUCCCUAAACCCCUCACUUUCCCCACUCCCAAUCUCAAUCUCAAUCUCAAUCUCAAUCCCAUUGCCACUUCUCUCCGCUAAAAUAAAUUAUUAUUAUAAUAAUAAUAACAAUAAAUGGGUGGGAAACUCUUCUUUUGGCUCGUCAUUUGUUUCCCUUCCAGCAUUGCCCUUCUCGCCACAACUUUCUACCAGGUUUUGAUCCUAUCUGACUUGGAAGCUGACUAUAUAAACCCGUUCGACGCGGCGUCUCGGAUUAACUACUUCAUUCUUCCUGAGUACAUAGGACAGGGAGCUCUCUGCGUACUGUGCCUCUUCACUGGACACUGGUUCAUGUUCUUGCUCUCUCUUCCAGUUACUUGCUAUCACAUCAUGCGAUAUGUGAAACGGGAGCAUCUUAUUGAUGUUACUGAAGUGUUUAGAGGACUUAAUGCUGAGAGGAAAUUUCGGCUAGCCAAACUUGUCAUGUACUUAAUACUCCUCAUUGUAGUCAUAUUCAGGCUUACAUUAAUCGGUAUCUACUAUUUAGGCAUCGAAACCGAUGAUGAACCGGGAAGCUUCUGGUAACAUAGAACUUGUGCAAUAUGGCAACCAACAAAAUGUUAGGGGUGUGCCCAUUAUUUGUUGUGGGAUUUUGUGAUUUUUGGUCAAAAGAUCUUGUACCAUUAGGUUUAGAACACAGUAAUUCAGCUGCUCAAAGAAGUAGAAAUCUUGAUCAUUAUUUGAAGAUUGGAUUCUUGUGUAUCCUCAUCUUUUCAUAUGUAUGAAGCAUUUUCUACUUGAAGUAGC